GAGAUUUUCGCUAACGGACAUUCGGAACGACUAGAUGCGUUGUGGAAACGGGAGUGACGUCGCGAUUAACCAGUGUUCUGCAACUAGGAAUUUCAGAAGCUAGCUACGGUGUAUGAUUUUAGCAAGUUGGACAUAUUCGUAACGGGAUAUGCAAUAGGAACUAAGCUAAUUUUACUCAAGCGACUGUUUGUGAAAGUACAAUAUUCAAAUCCGUAGCGAGAAAGACAAAGUGUUUGUAAUACCGGUUUCAUUUGCUUCAUGGAAAAAAUUUCACGUAUCUGGGACGAACACUAUGUAAGUCGAAAAUCACUAUGUAAGUCUGGGACGAACAAUGCGAGUACUCCGUAAGCGUGUUUGUACGUCUGAUGAAACCGAACAUUUGCGUGUGCCAAUUUCAAUAGCGAACGUUCAUUACAUAGUGAAAAUAUUUUAUUUGUGACUGAACAGAAUGGAGUUAACUGAAGCUAUUGCCUCUCGCCCAAGAGUCGAAAGUUCACCGAACUUACUCGAUACGCGGAACUGCAACAAAAUUCAAGGUUUGGGGAAUCAACCUACAGAUUUUAUGGAUGCAGGCAGGAAACGCCUGUUGCGAGGGCUUGCUCGUGGGCUGCUCGUGGGGCUCUGUCAUUCGAGUGACAGGAAGACUCCAUCCAAGGUCACCGUCCGUCCGUCGUACGAGAUUUCCUGAAGACAGACCACCGUCCAAGAUUCGACCAGGUCGUGUUGUGACACUGCUUCCAGCAUCAGACCCAGAGGCUCAAGUGUGGGGUGUUGCCUAUGAAAUUGCUAAAGAAAAUGAAGAACUUGUCAUGAAUCAUCUUGACUACAGAGAAAAGGAUGGAUAUGAUAAAGUUUCAGUAAUGUUUUAUCCCAAAGCUUCUGACGAUGGUGCAAGUACUGUUGCACCAUUUGAACUUUUUAUUUAUGUAGGAUCAGAACAGAAUAAGUUUUUUGCAGGUCCUGCAGAUGUUAACAGUAUUGCAAAGCAGGUUGUCAGUGCAGUAGGUCCUAGUGGCACUAAUUCAGAAUAUGUUUUGCAGCUAGCUUUGGCAAUGAGAAAAUUAGCACCUGGUAUUGUAGAUGAUCAUUUGUUUUCCUUAGAGGAAGCAGUCAAACACCUUCAGAAUGAAAAAGGAGAACCCAAUGUUAAUUCUUGACAAUAGAGAAAUUUUAGCACAACUUAAGCACAAUUAAUUUCAUAAAAAUUGUAAAACUUCAGUACAUUCCUUAAAUCUUAAAUAAAAAGCCUGGUGGUUAUUUCAUGUGGUAAGAAAUAUUGAUUUGUAAUGUGAAUGCCAUGAAAUUCAUUCAACUUUUUCCUCAGUUAAAGAAUGUUGGUGCAUGAAUGAAUAUGUAAAUCCUACCCCUUUUAAAGCCUUCUUUCAUGAACGUUUGUGAUGAAAAAAAAAUAUUAGGCCAGACGUUGAUAAGUUAAGAAGCAUGUUACUGUACUUUUAUAAUGUUUACAAAUUUGAAUGUGGAAGCUGAAUUAGUAAGACUCUUGUGUGUUAUAUGGGAAUGUUUACUAAUAGUAAGACUCUCAUUCAAAGCAAAAACAUUGAAAUUGUUCAUAAAAGUGUUAGAGUAUUUUUCUUUAACUAUGUUAAUUAUCUUUUUUUGUACAAUCACUUUUAAGCCAUUACCAUGUACCAGUUUUAAAAGUAACAUACUGCAGCUCAGACAAUCUGAAAAUGGUAAAGAUUGGAUUGUUAAAGGCACUAGUAAUUAAGUAGGUCCUGAGCGGUUCGGUAACGUACUUCAGAAUUGAUGAUUUCAUAACAGUUUCGGUAUGGUAAAAUAUGUUAGAACUCAGAAAAUCUCCUACUUAUUCCUCCAGCUACGUUAAUUACUUUAGAUGAAAUAUAUAUUUCUUUAAAAUGGGAAAAAUCUUAAAUUGUUUUAGAAAGAAAAUUGGGUAUUAUAUACUUCUAAAAUACUGAAGGCUGUAAAAAUACCUUCUUUAAUUACACAAUUGUUUAUUACAUACAGUAGAUAAAAUUUGUUAUGCUAAGAAGAAAAUAAAUAUAAUAAUAUUUAUUGAGUCACAUAUACAAUUACAAUCAUGUAUGACUAGUUAAUAGGAUGUCUUGGGUGGAGAGAGCGAAGUUACAUUACUGUUCAGGAGCAAAACAAGAGGCCAUCUCACCAUCUCAGCAUUUGUUCUAGGGACCAGAAAAACUGAACAAAACCUGAUCGAGAUGGGGUUAUUGGCCUAGAGAUUAUAUUACAAUACUUGCUACAGAAAUGCAAGUGCAAAGAAAGUC